GUUAGAUACGAUUCGAAGGAAGUUACUGUCCCAAGCAAUAUCCAUACUGAAGAAAAAAGUCAAGUAGAAUUUCAAUCUUCUCCCAUAAAUGCUUAUCAACAGCCGCAAGUUAACGUUUCUAAAAAACUUUCUUCUGGAUUUCACUGGAGCGUCGAUCAGUAUAAGCAUACAAAGCAAUAUCUUCUAGAAAAGUUAGGAAAAGUCCCAAAAACUUUAAAUCCACAAUUAGUAGAACGCAUUACUUGCUUGAAACAAAAUAAACGAAAAUAUUCGGAACUGAGAAAAACUUAUACUUCACUUGCCAGGCAUUUUUCACGGGAAAUGGAACUACACAAUUCUUUGCAGAUGCAAAUGAACGAACUUUCACUACAAAAUCCCGAACUCCGUCCACAGUUUAAAACAUCUGCUGCUACAUACGGGUGCAUUGCUAAAAAUGCUGAAAAACUUAAAUUUUGCAUCGACACAUUCUUGACAGAUUUGGAAACUCUCCUUGAUAAAGCCAUUACAGAUGCGAUGGAGUCAGUAAAACUGUAUGAAACAUGCCGAUUGGAUUAUGAUAUUGUCAAACGAGAAUUUGAGACCGAAGGCCGCACGUGCAAUAGCGAACUUCAGGAAAAGAAAAGAAAAUUAAAUCAAGCAGAAGAGACGCUCAGAGUUAAAGUUGAUUUAUUAAAUCAGAACAGAAUAACAAGGCUGAAAAAACAUCUUCGUGUACUCAAUGAAGCAACUGUCGCUUUUUAUACGGGAAACGAAUUAGCGUUAAACAAAGCAAUCGAGAGCAUCACUUCCAACGUCGACUAACAAAUGUCAAUAAAAACAGAUUGGCUUCCUGCUAUUGGUGACUUUGCGAUGGGAGUGACCACGUGUUAUAAUUUUCUUUCAUUUUUUAAGCAGA